AUGCCAAAGUAUCCUAGAUUAUACAACAUCUCCAACCAGCAACACCAACUUAUCAACAGUGUGGGGAGCCAAAAAGAUGCAGGGUGGGAAUGGAGCUUUAGUUGGAGGAGAUCUUUAUUUGAAAAUGAAAUUCGGAUGGCGGCUAAAUUUCUAGAGGAGCUGGCUCAGGUAAAAAUUCAACAAAAAAGACCAAAUUCAUGGGUUUGGAAGGCUGACCCGAGUGGGAAUUAUUCUACAAAAUCAGAAUAUCGAUUAUUGAUGGAAGUGACAACGGGGGCUGAAGAAGAUAGGAAUCUCGUGGAGUUAUGGAAUCUUAAAAUUCCUCUUAAGCAAACAGUGUUCGCAUGGAGGCUCAUUAAAGAUCAAUUGCCAACUUGGACAAACUUAAGGACCAGACAAGUGGAGUUGAAUGAUUCUAGGUGCCUACUGUGCAACAGCCUGGAUGAAGAUGUAACACACCUAUUUUUCUAUUGCACCAAGACCCUACCUCUGUGGUGGGAAUCUCAGUCAUGGAUAAAUUCAUCUGGUGUAUUUCCUCAUAAUCCCAAAUAUAAUUUUUUGCAACAUGAAAACUGGUCUGCUGUGGGAGUUAGAGCUAGAAGAUGGAAAUGCUGGUGGGUAGCACUAACAUGGACAAUUUGGAAGCACCGAAACAGGGUAGUCUUUGAUAAUCAGUCUUUUUAUGGAAGUACAGUCAUGGAUGACGCACUAUUUCUGCUAUGGUCUUGCUCAAGGUUAUGGAGAAGGGUUUCACUAUGCACUUCUGCUAUUGGUCUUCCCAUCUCAAAGCAGUCUUCUAGAAGUAGGGAGUGUUCAUGA